CACUACCAAAUCUACCACUUCUAACUAGUUCUUGUCUUUUCACUCUCUCUUUUCUCUCUUUUUCCUCAAUAAUUCUUCCCACUAAUUUUAUUGUUAAACCUUAUAAUAGUGAUCAAAAGUUGAUUACUUUGUAAGAACUAUUUAUAGUAAGGCAUAUAUAUUAGUGUUUACUAUAAAUAGUGAAAUAAAGAGUUUAUAGAGUGAUUAAGAGAAGAUUAAUUAACCAACAAAAAUGGGUGUUCAAGGAACUUUGGACUAUUUGUCAGACUUGAUAAGCAGUGCAAAGAAGGGAAAGAAAAGGAAGCAAUUAAACACGGUUAAUCUCAAGGUUACAAGAAUUGAUUGUGAAGGUUGUGCUAUGAAAAUGAAGAAAGCUCUUUCUGGUCUCAAAGGAGUAAAAUCAGUGGAUGUGGAUAUGAAACAACAAAAGGUGACAGUGACAGGAUUUGUGGAAGCAAAAAAAGUGUUGGAAGCAGCCAAGUCAACAAAGAAGAAGAUUGAGUUAUGGCCUUAUGUACCUUACCAUAUGGUUCCACACCCUUAUAUUGCUGGUGCUUAUGACAAAAAAGCCCCUGCUAAUUUUGUUAGGAAAACUGAUGAUUCUAUGACUCCUUUGGAAGAACAAUAUACUACCAUGUUUAGUGAUGAAAAUCCUGAUGCUUGUACUAUUAUGUGAUUUUUUAACUUUAUGUUUAUGUAUGUAUGUAUGUAUAUGCACUGGAUUAUGUACUGUUGAAUACUAGUUAGCUUAUGAUUUUUAGUUUUGGCCCCGGUAAUUUAUGAUUCCUAGCUUCGCCCCUGUAUGCACAAUAUGUAGUUUUUGGUUGAUUUUGUAUAAUUUCUUGUUUGAAUUGUAAAAGUUGUUGGAUUAGUGUAAAUACUAGUACGAGAGUAGAUGUGUUGGCUUUUAAA